UAAAUUAAAUAUUCUGCAUUGGCAAAACCUUCUGGACUCUGACUUAGAUUCUGCCAGUGCCUGAGACAUUUGCAGCAUUCACAAAUUCAUCAUAGCCUGGCCUGCCAGAAAAAGAGCAAUCUGAGGGUCUUCCUCCUGCCUGUGAAUAUGAAAUGCUUUUAAAUGUUUACUGUUUAAUGAAACGGAGCAACUGAUUUAAGUAUUUAGGUGAGUUCUUCCUAGAGAAUGAAUUAGCUAUCAGAUAUUGAGUAUUCUGCAUGAAAAAUUAGAUUCCUGUGAUAGAAAGGAAUUCAAUGUUCUUGUUCAGAAGGAUCUAAACUAAAAUCAUUUGAUUUCCUGGAAAAGGCCAAGUUCUAAAAACCAACAGAUAUAACAGGAUAAACACAUUCCCCACCUCACCUAGAAUUCCAUGAAAUUUUACAAUUCUGAACUAUACAAAACCCAAAAUAAAGUAUCACUUCAGCUCCUGUGAAAAAUGAAGACCUCACAUCUGUUAAAUCUCUGCUCCUGAGAAAACCCAGCAGCAGUGGUGGGAGAAGGGAAGGAGGCACACACAACGUGGAGCAAGGCCCGGGGGACAUUUGAAAUGGUUGUAAGAUUCUGGAACACAUGCACAUGUAAAUUGUCACUAAAAAUAUUGAGAACAACCUUGAGAGGAGUUGCAGUAACCCUGGCAUAGAAGGGCUUGGGACAUUCUCAGCUGCCAUACUUCUGUGAAAAAGGGAUUGAGAACAGAUUCCCUGUUAAUGUCUUCUCUGCUGGGAUGGCUCUAGGGUCUAAAAAAUCUGCUUUCUGUUAGGAAAAACUAUAAAAUGUUCAACAAAAGAUUAACAAUGUCUUUCACUGGCAUAAAAUCAGGAGAUUUCCUUGCAGGAGGGUGUGUUGAAAAUUCCCUAGAAAGUCGAAUAUAGAAAGAAUGACUGUCACUGGCAGCAAACUCCAACUCUCAGCAAAUACAUGUGUUACAAAUCUAACUAAACAAACAAACAUCAUUCAAAGCCUUGCAUGUGUGUAUAAACCAGGUUGAAUAAUUUUUUUUUUUUACCUUAGGAUUGGGCAUUAAAUUAUAUAUAAUUAGUGGAGUUCUUUCUUACUUCUAUUUCCCACUUUAGUUCUUGAAUUUGGCGUCUAUUGAAUACUGUUUUAGGGCUUUUUCUAAACUCAAGAUGGAGAAUUUUGUUAACAGUGCAAUAAAAAUAACUUCAUAGUGUUACAAGGAAACAUUAAAGACUUUUUUGUGCGCUGCUCUUUCCCUUAAAAAAAAAAAAUACAGACAUUGUUUCUUUAAAAGGCUCCAUCUGCAAAUCCCAUUAGAUGUGCAUAUAAGGUUUCAGAUGAUUAAUAGCUGCCUGCUUUGCUUUGGUUGGAGGGGCUGAGGGUAUGUGUGUUAACCCCUCCCGCCCCUCACUCACAUUUCACUUCACAAACUUGUCACUGUCUCCCCAGCACAGUAUUUAAAAAGUGUUUCGCUCAUGCCCAGCACUUCACAAGGAAGCAACUCAUGGCAAUCCCUGCAGAAAUCUGGUAGCUCCAGUCAGGGCAAUGAAGACCUUUAGGGUUCCUGAAGUAGCAAACCUGCAACAGCGUCAAACCCACAAGCAAACUGUUGUUUAGAGAGGAGAUCUAUUCUGUAAAAUUUGGGAGAGUUUCCCUCUGCUUCUCUUCUGCUUUUGAAGGCUGAGCUGUCACCAGCCAGGAGCACUGAGGUGUGGACAGGACUGGAAGCAGAUGGAUCCCAGCAGCAGCAGCUGCAUGCGCAGCCCACAGCCUCCCACCCUGCUCUGGGGGUGUGUGAGGAGCUCCCACACCGACCUGAGCACAGCUCCAGGGCUCAGCCACUAUCCAGCAGCAGCACCAUUCUCCUUCCAGCAAAAACCAGAUUUUGCUGCUUACUCUGAUUUCUCAGCCUCCUGCCUGGUGACAGCUCCCCACAGCUUUCCACAGGAAGAGCGGGCACUUGUGGAGCAGCACUCCUCAUUCCAGCACUCUGACUGGCACCUGGCAGCAACUGAGGCCAGAAGAGGAAUAAAUCCAGGAUUGGCCUUGGCUUCUGGAGAGUCAGAGAGCAGCAACCCCAGCCUUGUGAGUGUGGCUGUGGGUGCGGAUGAAGAUGAUGAGGCACCAGCAAAUCCUACAAGUGACUGUGAGAAAAAGCCACCCAAAAGGAAAAAGGAAAGCUCAGAGAACCAGAACUCAAGCAAUAAGGCAGAAAGCAGCAGCAAAUCACGGAAGGAAAGGACAGCUUUCACUAAGGAGCAGCUGCGGGAGCUGGAAGCUGAAUUUGCCCACCACAACUACUUGACAAGGCUCAGGAGAUACGAGAUAGCUGUGAACCUGGAUCUCACCGAAAGACAAGUCAAAGUAUGGUUUCAAAACAGAAGAAUGAAGUGGAAACGUGUUAAAGGUGGGCAAGCAGUGCCCCCACACGAACAUGACACAGAGGAUGUGGACUCUGCUGCCUCCCCCAGCUCUGAGUAGUCCCUGCAGCAAUGGGAGAGGAGUUUGGAGAAAGUCAUUGAUUGGAAUGUGGGUGCAACUGCUUAGAAUCAGCUACACAAUGAGAUCACCCUGCCUGCCCCAGUCCUGUAGCCCAUAGUCUUUAAAAGGUGCAUGAUGCUUGAGGUUACCGGGGCAAUUAAAGAGCACAGGGGGGAAAAAGCCAAGGGAGAGCAUGAUUUUGAUUUUUGUCUCUCAAACUGUCUUACUACCACAGAUGUGUCUACAGAAAAAAACAACAAACACCAAAUAGAAAACAGAGAUUCUCACCAGAAAAUCCAGACUGUUAGUCAGCAUAUGCAGCUGUAUUCUCAUCCAGGGGUCACACCUAUUUCCCUGGUCAUACCUAUUCAUUCUGCAUUUGGAUUUGACAAUGCACAUCUUCCUGUGCCCUUCUUGGAGAGAAAUAAAUACUUUGAUAGUCACUGAUUUUUCUUGCAAAAUGAGUUGAACACCUAUAUGACUAGGCAAUAAGAUUGCAAAAUAAAAUGUGAGACUAAAAACGCACACAGAAGUCAACUCACCAGUUUUAGAAGAGAUGGCUUUCACACUGACAGUCCAGAAAGGUAGGUGCUUUGUUGAUGGCAGCAAUUUGCAGAGGGAGAUUUCAUCCAGGCUUAAUGUAAAACUGAAAUUAAAUUGCGAGAUCUCAGUUUCAAAUAUUUUUUCGAAACAGUCAUUACCAAAUGUCCCAGCAGGCACAGCAGAGAUUGAACUCUCAACACAACAGCUAAAAUAUUAUUAUUUUGGUUUCAAGUUUUUCCAAUAAACUGCCACAGCACCACCUGAAGUCUUAAGAACACCUAAGAACAUUCUCACUUUAAAUUAUCCCUGCUUUCAACCAGAACCUCUAGUGUAUAAAAUUAUGAUGAUUUAGAAAAGCAUAAUGCCUGCUCCCAUUUCUUGUAUCUUUUUUGUUUAAUGCCAUAUUUUAAGCAGAAUUUCACACUAGUGUACCACAUUAUGACUAUUGAGAAUACUGGAACUUUGGUUUAAAUAUUUCAAAUGUAACCAUUAAUUGCAGCUACAGCCUUACUCUGAUGCACUGCUGUUGUGAACUGUAGAUAUGCUGGGUAUGAAUUUGUAUAUCUGGAUUCUAUGUUUAUAAAGCUGUUAGUGGUAAUUCCACUUGUA